CUGACAAGCCUCCUUUCCCCCUCCGCUACGCACCGGCGCGGUCUGUGCGAAUCUGUGGAUCUUCGCUAACGAGAUCUCUGUCUUGUGUUGUGGCCAUCAUGCCAAAGUACGUCCGUCCUUGGGAGGACCCCCCGACCGGCGCCGACCCGCGGCCAUCGUCGGAGGAAGAGGACCUGACCGAGGAGGAAUUCCAGGCGGCGAUUCAGGAGAGGAUCAACAGGUACAACAGGUCUUUAGUCUGUGGAGUGCCGCGCCGCACAGCCCCCGACCUCGUCAGCGCAUUCGAGCGAAACCGGCGCGGCAAGGCUGCGGAGCUCCUCACAAUUCGCGUAGAGAUGACCGGUGUGCGUGUGGAGGGCAGCAAGAUCUGGCGGCGGCUGCGUGUCCGCUCUGACCUCAAUUUGGCCGCUAUGGUACAUAGAGGGAGGGACACACACGGAGAGGGAGGGAGGGAGGGAGAAAGGGCAACGGUACACACAUCUGUGUGUCUGUCUGUGUGCGUGUGGUCAUGUGUGCAGCACAAGAAGGUGCUGGUGCCGGCGAUGGGAUGGGCGCCCGACUACCACGGAUACGGCUUUUUCCGCAAGCCGUAUGACCGCUGUGGCCUGCGGAUGGGCGUGGCCUUCGGCCCCACUGAGAUGGACGACUUCAUCGACCUCAUGCACACACCCAUGCAGGGCAUAGAGAUGCAAGACGCACGCCGAGUGAGUAUUGGUGAAAAGGUCGCCGGCCGAUGACGAUUUUUCACUGCACCCUGUGUGGCUGCCUGUGUGUGAAGGUGCAACUCGGCGACCUCUUCACCGACGGCCGGUCCGAAGCGGUGUACGUGUACGACCUGGGCGACUUCUUCAUCCACAGCCUGGUGCUCGAGCGACGCACAGACAUCCCCACUGACACCACCGACACAGACAACAGCAGCCCCAUCGCUGCCGAGCUGCUGGAUGGCGCCAAUGCUUGUCCGCCAGAGGACUGCCACGGCAGCUACGGCUACGCCGAGAUGCUCGACAAGAUCGACGACGCGCGGCGGGCGGGUAGCCGCCGCAAACUCAUCGACGCCAUGGCCGAGGGCAACCACGCCGUCAACUACCCCAACCACGACUUCCACCCCACACGAUUCGACCUCACACUUGCACAGAGCCGCGUCAAGGCCUUCUUCAAGCGUCCCGCCUUCGGGCAGGCCUCUGCUGAGCUCGGCCGCACGUGCGCGUGCGCACUGUGCCGGCGACGGGCAGGCCUCGCCACUGACGGCAAGAUGGCGGGCAUUCCCAUCAUGAGGUCGGGUGGCGGUGAGGCGGACGCGGCCGCUCGGCAGAUGAGCAAUUUGCAGAGGGGCAACGCCCAGUACUUUGGGCGGCAGGACGGCAUUGCGUGCUGCGCCUUCUGUCUGGACCGGGAGCGCCCCUUCUCGACGCCAUUCAUGCGGUGCAGCAGGUGCAAGAGGGUCUACUACUGCUCUGUCGAGGUGGGUUAGUGCGCACACACCAUCUGCCCCCACACACGUGAUAUGCACCCCAUCUCUCUCUGUGGGUGUGUGUGCGGGUGUGCAGUGUCAGCGGAAGGAUUGGGGUGACCGUCACAAGCAGCUGUGCAAGCCGGCCACCACAGACACCGAGACGGAAAGCAGCACACAGGAGGGGCUGUACUCGACAGUGAUGGACUCGAAGCUCUGCAAGAAGGCCAUGCAGAAGUAGCCGACCCCACUACCCCACACCCCGCCCCCUCCCCGCCACACUAGACGGACUAGACUGACUCUUUCUUUCUUUCUCUCGUCGGCUUGUCGUAUGUAUCCAUGUGUGUGUGUGUUGUGUUGGUUUGUACCGGUCGCUGACUCGCUAGCUGUCUGUCUGUCUGUCUGUCAACCGACACAUGCAAACACGGGAGGGCGGAAGGACUGGAGUGCGCGCCACAGGCGGCUGUGCAAGCCGGCGACCGACAACAGCACAUAGACGGUGGCGAGAAGAAGAAGAGCAUGCAGCAGUAGCCGACCCUCCUCCCUCUCAGACAGCCGCUCGCCCGUUGAGUAGCUACUGACUAGACUGACUCUCCCUCGUGUGCUUAAGUCGAUGCUGUCUGUCGUGUUUGUCCUGUGUAUACCUACCUGUUGUGUGUGGGUGAGGGACGGUUUUGUGUCACUCCCUGAGCUGCGUUGUCAUGUCGCCCGCCGCCUUCAACUUGUCAGCUGCCCACUGACAAUUACGGUGUGUCGGCCGAUGAGUGGAGGGCUGGAGCGAAAUGACAGUCAAGCCAGACAGGGAGGCCGCCACACACAACACACACAUCGGCAGAACGGGAUGACCAUCAGGUUUGGGUGGAUGCACAUGCGUUCAUAUAACUCCGUUUGGCCGUGCCGUGUGCUGUGGUGUUUCGUUUAUCGUCUGUGCGUCUGCUUGGCGUCAGUGAGGUGACGUCUGCUCACGAGGGUUUGCCAUGGGGGACGGACCCAAUGUUUG